AUGGCAAGUCCAAAAGAUUACAUCGCGUUUAAUAAAUUUCAAAGAUUUAAUAUAUUGAUUAUAAUUGAAGAGUUUGCCGAGAGUCUAGUGAAAAUAAGUGGAAAAUGUAUGGACAUCGGUUGCGGUCCUGGAGAUACAACAAAGGAUUUUCUCUUACCAAGUAUAGACUCAUAUGGACAAAUAAUUGGUACGGAUAUUUCGGAGAGCAUGAUCAAAUAUGCAAAUGAAACAUUUAAAGACGAAAAACGGCUUCAAUUCGACGUAUUGAAUAUUGAAACUAAAAAUUUACCUAAGAAAUAUAUUUCUGAAUUUAAUCAUAUAUUUUCGUUUCACACUUUACAAUGGUGCAAUGAUAUUCGUGGUCGGACAACCGCUGGUCUUAUCUUCACUGAUCGGACAAUCCCUAGUCUUGCCUUCACUGGUCGGACAACUGCUAGUCUUGCCUUCACUGGUCGGACAACCGCUAGUCUUACCUUCACUGGUCGGACAACCGCUGGUCUUGCUGAUGGUGACCAAAACAACCCUGAAGUGGAAACUAUGAAAAAUAUUUCACCAUAUCAAGAGUCAAAAAAUCCUCGCAAAGAGUUGAAAGAAUUACUUGAAAGUAUUGGAUUUAUGGUUCACCAUUGCAGUCUUCGGAAGGCGAGCUAUAGCGGUAAAAAGUCAGAACACUUUGCCAAUUCAAUAUUAUCCUUCUUGACAUUUCUUGAUGACAUGCCAAAUGACCUGAUGAAUGACUUCAAGAAUGUAUUUCGACAUGAAUAUAUGAGAAGAACAAUUAACUACAAAUCAAUACAUAAUGAUGAAGAACAUACGUUGGAUCUACAUAAACAAUUAAUAGUUUAUGCACAAAAGAUUAUAUAA